AUUUGAAAGAUCAUACUUACUCUGCUAUUAUCGAUAGUAGAGCCUUUGUUAGUAUGAUUGCUUACAAAGUUGCAAAAGAAUUAGGAUUAAAAAUAGAUAAACCUUCAAGAAGUUUAAUUGUACCUACUACAGGAACCAUCUCUCAACCUCUCAAAAUCAUUAGAAACCUACCUGUCAAGAUUCAAGGUAGAACUAUUCCUAUUGAUGUAGAAGUAUUACCUGCUACCUCAUACUUAUUACUUUUGGGGAAUAACUGGUUUAGAAAAGUUGAAGCAAACUAUAAUUAG